CUCUCAACGGUAGAUACGGCUGUACUUCUCACGGUGCAAAGUUACGGUUAGAGCCAGCAGCGAUACGUUGUAUAAUUGUGUAUUUUUUAAAAGACUAAAUGGCGUAGACAUGUCCGCUGUGACCUCCACCGAUAGAUUUUCCACAUGAGAGAAAACAGUUGUCUCUGUGGGGAUAGAGGAGCAGUUCGUCUCAGUCUUUUGGAUCAAGGUUCAUGUGUUUUUUUUCUUCGGAUUUCGGCAGUUUCACAGACGCUGGUGCUGCAGGAAUGAUGGAUAAGAGACAUGGUUGGCUGUGGAGUGCAGCAUGCAUGGAUUCUGCUCUCCAACACCAGGGCUGAGGAGCUACAGAGGAGUGCGGGGUCUCCCCAGCCCACACCUGACUGCACCGUCCUGGCCUCCAUCAGGCCUUCCUCGUCAUCUCAGCUGUCUUUCUUGCACUUAUCCUUAUCAACUUGACUCUCAGGCUAGGUGUAACUGACUUUUACUCAAAUUUAUGAAGUAAAUCAGGUUCCCAUAAAUAUUAUUUUAUGUCCUCCUGACUCCCAAACAUACCCAGCAACCAUGAGGUCCUCCAGGUUGAGCCUGCUGCUGGGCUGCGUGCUCCUCUGCUCCGCCUCCCUGCUCUACCUGGGCAUGAGCGGGAUAGAGUGCCCUCGAAAAAGCCAUCGGUACCGGUGGAUGGAGCUAAACCUGGGCUCAGCCAAUCAGAGCCUGUCUCUCACCGAACACUUUCCUGAAGACACCCCGCUGAUCUUCAUUGGAGGCUUUCCCAGGAGCGGCACCACGCUCAUGCGCGUCAUGCUGGAUGCCCACAAUUCCGUGCGGUGCGGGGAAGAGACCCGAGUGAUUCCUCGCCUCCUGGCUAUGCGGGCCACCUGGAGUCGCUCGGUUAAGGAAAGGAUACGAUUGGACGAGGCGGGUGUCACUGACCAGGUGUUGGAUUCAGCCGUGCGGGCGUUCCUGUUAGAGGUGAUAGUCGGCCACGGGGAGCCUGCACCUCGCCUUUGCAACAAGGACCCGUUCGCCCUGAAGUCUCUCUCAUACCUGGCGCGCAUCUUCCCUAAAGCCAAAUUUGUGCUCAUGCUACGAGACGGACGGGCGGCCGUCCACUCCAUGAUAUCACGAAAGGUGACCAUCUCUGGCUUCGACCUGAACAGCUACAGGGACUGUCUGACAAAGUGGAGCGGUGCGGUGGAGACCAUGUUCAGCCAGUGCCAGGCGGUCGGGAAGGACAGAUGCAUGCCUGUAAGCUACGAGCAGCUUGUCCUCCGCUCAGAGGAGGAAAUGAGGAAGUUGCUUCACUUCCUAGACCUGCAAUGGGAUCCGUCAGUGCUGCACCAUGAAGAGCUGAUAGGAAAGGCUGGUGGCGUGUCUCUGUCCAAGGUUGAGCGUUCGACAGACCAGGUGAUGAAGCCGGUGAACACAGACGCCCUCUCCAAGUGGGUGGGGCACAUUCCCUCCGACGUGAUGAGCGACAUGGCUGAAAUCGCCCCCAUGCUGGCUCGUCUGGGCUACGACCCUCACGCCAACCCCCCCAACUACACCAGACCCGAGCCCAUGGCGUCCCCGUUCAGCUACUCACAGAGUCUGAAAACAGCAGAAACUCCACACCCCAGUUAAGCGAAAGAGGGAAAUGCUGUAAGCCCGGCUUCGCUGUUCCACGAUAUGGAUGCACUUUAAACACAGACCAGCUCAGCAGUAAUUACACCUCACAGGAACAAUUUUAAAGUGUCCCAUGUGUAUUUUUGAAUUGUUUGUAAAACUUGACUACGGUGUCUGUACACGGUGGAGUGUUUAAAAUACGGAUUCAUCAAGUGGUUUGGGGUGUAAAUCUCCGCUCUUGCACCAUAUGUGGACUACCUGAGGUUUGCUGCUUCUCACUCUCCAACGUGUCCUCCACGAUGAACACAGUAUUACACUGCAUUUUGACGCAUCCUCACACCUUGUACCUGAAAUUAUUUCAACAUGUUUGUAAGUUGUUAUGACUUCACCACAAAUGUGAAUGUGUCUCUACACAAAUCUUUCACUUACUGAGACUUCAGUCAGUGUCCAUGAAGCAUAAUGACUGUAUAUUUUUAAAAGACGUAUGUUUAUUUUCUUAAUAAAUUAUUUUGGUGUUGACCAUUCAUUCAGGAAUUUGAAAGUUGUUUAUUUUGAAUUGGGGAUUUUUAAUUGUUGUAUAUUGUUGAACAUGAAU